CAGCUGGCACACGGUGUAACGGGACCAGGUCUGUCGGCCUCCGCUGGAAAGUGUGCGGACAUGAGGAGGUGUAGGGAUCUUUUUCUCUUUCCAACAGAAAAGCAGGAGUUUUGAGAGAAAAACGUUUCUCAUCACGUCCAGGCUCCAGACUCUCCAGGUUCAGGGCCAUGAGUGAAACCACACUUUGACUUUCUCGGCACGGACGAUGCGCAUCGAGCUCGCGGCCGUCCACUGAGGAGAGGAGGCGCUCGAGGAGCCCGCCAAUGUUCACCUUCCGUCGGCACUUCAAAGCCAGCCGUUAACCUCAUUUCUGCACGCGCUUCAGGAAGAGACAGGUCGAGUCAUGGCCGAGCACGAGAGCCUGGAGUUUGGAAAAGCGGAUUUUGUGCUUUUGGACAACGUGUCUAUGGACGAGUUCAUGGCGAACCUGAAGCUCAGGUUUGAGAAGGGGAGGAUCUACAGCUACAUCGGAGAGGUGGUGGUGUCUGUCAAUCCUUACCGUGCCAUGAACAUCUACGGCCGCGACACCAUAGAGCAGUACAAGGGCCGCGAGCUGUACGAGAGGCCGCCACACCUCUUUGCCAUCGCUGACGCUGCUUACAAAGCCAUGAAGAGGAGGAACAAAGACACUUGUAUUGUCAUCUCAGGGGAAAGUGGAGCAGGAAAGACCGAAGCCAGCAAGUAUAUAAUGCAAUACAUAGCUGCUAUCACCAAUCCCAAUCAGAGGGCUGAAGUUGAAAGGGUAAAAAACAUGCUGCUUAAAUCCAACUGUGUCCUGGAGGCUUUCGGGAACGCCAAGACCAACCGCAACGACAACUCCAGCCGCUUCGGCAAGUACAUGGACAUCAACUUUGACUUCAAGGGAGAUCCCAUCGGGGGCCACAUCAACAACUACCUGCUGGAAAAGUCCAGGGUCAUUUUCCAGCAGCCGGGAGAGAGGAGCUUUCACUCGUACUACCAGCUGCUCAGAGGAGCUCCAGACUCGCUGUUACGCUCCCUUCACAUCCAGAAGGACCCGACAGCCUACAACUACAUCAAAGUCGGAGGCCAGAUUAAGUCUUCCAUCAACGACGGAGCUGAUUUCAAAGCCGUAGCCGACGCCAUGAAAGUGAUCGGCUUCACAGCGGAUGAGAUUCAGACUGUCUACAAGAUCCUGGCCACCAUCCUGCAUCUGGGCAACCUGACUUUCGGGGUGGACGGCGACGUGACCCUGAUCGAGAACACGAAGCUGGUGUCCGUGAUCCGGGAGCUGCUGUCCACCAAAGAGGAAAACGUGGAGAAGGCCCUCCUGUACCGCACCGUGGCCACGGGUCGAGACGUCAUCGAGAAGCAGCACACGACGCAGGAGGCCAGCUACGGGCGGGACGCUCUGGCCAAGGCCAUGUACGAGCGUCUGUUCUGCUGGAUCGUGGGACGCAUCAAUGACAUCAUCGAGGUGAAAAACUACGACGCCAGAGUCCACGGGAAGAACACGGUCAUCGGCGUGCUGGACAUCUACGGGUUUGAGAUCUUCCAGAACAACAGCUUUGAACAGUUCUGCAUCAACUACUGCAAUGAAAAGCUCCAGCAGCUCUUCAUCCAGCUGGUGCUGAAGCAGGAACAGGAAGAGUAUCAGCGUGAAGGCAUCCCCUGGAAACAUAUUGAUUACUUCAACAACCAGAUCAUUGUGGAUCUGGUGGAGCAGCAGCAUAAAGGCAUCUUCUCUGUGCUGGAUGAAGCCUGUAUGAACGUGGGAAAAGUCACGGAUGAGGUUUUCCUCCAAGGACUCAAUGGCAAGCUGGCCAAACACGCCCACUACACCAGCCGCAAGCUCUCGCCGACUGACAAGAGCCUGGAGUUUGACAGAGACUUUCGUAUCAGGCAUUAUGCAGGAGACGUGGUGUACUCAGUGGUGGGUUUCAUAGAUAAGAACAAAGACACUCUGUUCCAGGAUUUCAAGAGACUGCUGUACAACAGUUCUAACCCGGUCCUGAAGGGGAUGUGGCCUGAGGGCAAACUGAGCAUCACUGAGGUCACCAAACGGCCGCUGACAGCAGCAACGCUCUUCAAGAACUCCAUGAUCUCACUGGUGGAGAACCUGGCCUGCAAGGAACCGUACUACGUUCGCUGCGUCAAGCCCAACGACGUGAAGUCUCCUCUGCUGUUCGAGCAGGAGCGCUGCCGCCACCAGGUGGAGUACCUCGGGCUGCUGGAGAACGUCAGAGUGCGGCGUGCCGGCUUCGCCUACAGACAGACGUACCCUCGCUUCCUGCAGAGAUACAAGAUGAUCUCAGAGUUUACGUGGCCCAACCACGACCUGCCGUCGGACAAAGACGCGGUGAAGCGGCUGCUGCAGGGCUGCGGGUUCGACCACGACGUGGCCUACGGGAAGACCAAGGUGUUCAUCCGCACCCCGCGGACCCUCUUCAGCCUGGAGGAGCAGCGAGCAGAAAUGGUCCAGAGGAUUGUCCUCUUCCUGCAGAAGGUGUGGAGGGGCACCAUAGCCAGAAUGCGAUACCGGCGGAUGAGGGCGGCCCUCGUCAUCCUGCAGGCCUACCGACGCUACAAGGUCAAGUCCUACAUCCGCGAGGUCAACCGCCGCUUCAAAAACGUCCGCUCCAUGAAGGAUUACGGCAGGCACGUGAAGUGGCCCACGCCCCCCAAAGUCCUGCGCAAAUUUGAAGAGGCGCUCAGAAGCAUCUAUAACAGGUGGUGGGCUUGGACGCUGAUCAAAGGCCUCUCUCCAGAAGAGGCCCUGCAGGUGAGGGCCAAGGUAGCCUGUCUGGAGGCCCUGAAGGGCCAGAGGGCCGACUUGGGUCUGCAGAGGGCCUGGGAAGGAAACUACCUGAAGCGGGACAGUCCCGACACCGCCGCCUCGUUCACUCUGGUGUCCAGCGAGCUGCAGCGGAAAGACAAGUUCAUGCGAGUUCUGUUCUCCUGUAACGUACGAAAGAUCAACCGUUUCCACAAGGCGGAGGACCGGGCUGUGCUCAUCACUGACCGCCACCUGUACAAGAUGGACCCCCUGAAGCAGUACAAACCCAUGAAGAGCACCCCCCUCUACAACGUGACGGGGGUGAGCGUGUCCCCUGGGAAGGACCAGCUGGUUGUGUUCCACACCAAGGACAGCAGGGACCUGGUGGUGUGCCUGCAGGGCAUGGUGCCUGCCAACGAGAGCCGCAUCGGGGAGCUGGUUGGCACCUUACUGAGCCACUUCAAGAGUGAGAAGAGGAAGCUGCAGGUCAACGUCGCCAGUCCCAUCCAGUGCAGCAUGAGCGGGAGGAAGUGCACGAUCAUCGUGGAGCCCAAGAUCAACCAAUCGCAGCCAGACUUCACCAAGAGCCGAUCUGGCUACAUCCUGGCCGUUCCCGGGAACUAAACCGGGCAGAAGGAAGCAGCAGUGACAGCUGACAUCAACGCAGGCCGAGAUGAUAACGGUGAUGAUGAUGAUGGUGAUGAUUCACAUCUGAUUCACUUCUUGUGUUUUUUUGCAGAGCUGCUGAUCAUGUGACGAUUCAGAUAGCAGCUCUGUAGGUGGAUUUAUGGGUAAUUGAAUCCUCACAAUGCAAAGCCAUGCCAAAUUUGACCUGUUUUUGUAGAUUUCUAUGCAAUGUUGCUAUAAACAGGAAGUGUACAAUACGCCUACGUGCAAAACGUUAUUAGGUAAACAGGUUUUUUUUAAUGCACUACAGGAUAAUCCACCAAAGUGGUGCUCUUUUCCUUUUAAAAUCCAAAUUCAAAUGAUUUGCUUUGUGCAAUAUUUAGUUGAUUGUAGAUGGAAUAUUGUGGCAGUCAAGGUGAGAGGAGAUUAUACAGCAACUGUUCUCUGAACCACUGACGUUACAUAAUCAGAAAAAAAUCCAAAGGCUUUGCAGGAAUUUCAAAUCCCUGCAGCUGCAAGAGCAGGAGCCAGACCCAAAGAGAAACCCUGAAAACUGAACAUUAAUGAUGUUUCUUCAGAUACUCAGCUCUGAAACAGAAGAAAACACUUCUAGUGAUUUAUAUUCUAAGGUGUAAUAACUGAUGCAGUAUGGCCUACCUACAUGGUAAAUGACAGGAAAUCCACUGGUAGUUCUGCUGUUGUGAACACGUGAUUCAGUGGAUCAAAUUCAUGGUUAGUUUGUCAGUCACAGGAUGUGUUGAGCACAUCCGGAACAUCGCAAACCUGCGACAUGCAAAGCGUUAAAAUCUAUUAAUUUAAAUCAUGCUUCUUAUAUUCUUUAAUGCAACGUUUGUACUUUUAUAAUACUCUAAAUACUCUAAUACGGCUCAUAUAUCAAAGGUUGGAAUAUACUUUAUUCAGCAUAAAAUUAGAAAUGUGUGCGUGCACAGCACUUAUACUGCAUUUAGGAUAGAAAGGGAUGUGUAACUAAAAGUGAAACAGAUGGCAGAUAUGUUUGCCUAGCUCCGGUUUUUCCAAGAGGCAUUUUGACUUCGUAUUAAACUGUAAGACUUAACGCUCUAUCUGUGCAGCGGAGGCCAGUGCUGUAUAAUCCCACGUGAACUCCGGACCCUGAACACAGUCUCAUUUGCUGUCUUUGUGUUGAGUGAGUAGCCCGAUGAGUGUUGAUCUGACAGAGAGUCUGGCUCGUGGCCACAGCGAGGGAGUGAAGGCUGGGGGGCGUGAGGUCCCUCCCUCCCCGUCUAAUGAUGGGAAUGGAUGCUUGUGUGAACGCCGGCCUGUUCGGACACUCGAUUUUCAUCCGACGCUGCCGCUAAACUCCCUUCACCUCCACUUUUAAAGCCAAAUCACACCAAUGAAAUCCUCGGCGCUCGAACACUUUGGUUUGUGCUGUUCUCACAGGCUGUCGGCUGUGUUGAAAAUGUUCACUGUUUUAUUCUUUGCUAAGUGUUAGCACAUUGCAAUAUGUUCUUUUUCCAAUGUUUUAAAAGUGUGUGGCAGCACAGAAGCUCACGAGGUGGAGACGUCUGGCUUUACACUGUGUUUAAUAUUAAUAUCCAUCCACAGACUCAAUACAUGAGGCAUAAAUAUCUGUUUGCUGCUCUAACCGGCCUCGUCCUCCUGAGGUUUAAAGUUCUUUCUCAUCCGUCGAAGCAGCCGUCAAGAAAACAACCUCACCACAAGAUGUAAUGUUAGAGCUAACUUCCAAGAUGCUAGCUAAACUUUUAACAUGCUAGCUAAACUUCAAACAUGCUAGCUAACGUCUAGCAUGCAGCUAACCUCUAACAUGCUAUCUAAACUUCUAACAUGCCAGCUAACCUCUGACAUGCUAGCUAAAUUUCUAACAUGCUAGCUGAACUUCCACAAUGCUAGCUAACCACUAACAUGCAAGCUCAACUUCUAACAUGCUAGCUAACCUCUGACAUGCUGGCUAAACUUCUAACAUGCUAGCUGAACUUCUAACAUUCUAGAUCAACUUUGAACAUGCAAGCUAAACUUCAAACAUGCUAGAUAAGCUUCUAACAUGCUAGCUAACUGUCAAAAUGCUAGCUAAACUACUAGCAUGCUAACUAACCUCUAACAUCCUAGCUAACCAUGAACGUGCUAGGUAAACCUCUUAACACCCUAGCUGUGGUCUGUCCUCCCCCAGCACUGACGGUGAUGAAUCGCAGCUCCCUCGGCAUCUGGCCUAGUUGGGGAGGCAGAGGAGGCGCUCUUCUCCACUUUACUUCCAGCAGAAAAGUAGCGAGCAGUGAUUUGAGCACAGUCGUCUAAUUAAACACACUGAACACAAGUCGUUCAUCUUAAUCAGUUUGCGAGUGCCCCGGUCUUUUGACGAGUAUUCUACCUCGCAGCGGUGUGCAGGCUGACCCGGCCCCGGAGGAGCAUGGUGACCUCCCACAGCCCCCCCAGCAUUAGGAUGGACUCCCUGUCACUUCUCACUUCGGCUCUUCUCAGUGUCAUUCUCUUUAUUAUUGUGAACAAAUUUCACACAAAGACCAGAAACAGCAGGUGGGUCGGGCCUGAAGCCCACUGACUCGUUCUGAAGGUGUGAUCUUCACUGUAGCUGACAGGUGUUCAUCUUCACUGAACAGCUGUGACGUCACUCAAACUGGAGGAGGCUGCGUUUGUCAGGGACUAUUUUCAGCUGUGGAUUAAUACGUGUUUGGUGCAGUAGUGAGUAUCUCCAGCAGCAGGAGGGUGUAUAAGUCAGAAUAGAUUACAGUGGGGCUGUAUGGCACAGAGGAAUGAUAGAUGUCAGGCUUCAGAUACACACUCUGUGCUUCUUCGUAGGAUGCGUUCACUGUCGGUUUCGGCCUUUUCGUGUGAUUUGUUUACAGUAACAAAAAUCUGAAAUAUCAGCGGAUUUAUCCUUCGUGAUUAGUUUGUGGUUUGCAAACCCAAUCAGCAAAGAUUACUUUUCCAUUAUGUUGAUUAGCAGCUUUGCCACAAAUGUGAAAAUCACAGGCUUGUCCUAAUUACCCUUCUGUAAUUGGCCGUAAAAGGAUGUCAGAUAUGAAUGUUGACACGAGGACACUUGUGCCAUUGUGUUCUUCCCUUCAGCUUCGUUUUUUUUUGUUUCAGAAACACGAUCGACUGUCUCUUCAAGCCCGUCCAUGUUAGCCAAAGGGCAACAAAUUCCUGUUUCCUGUCCAUAAUUUAUUCCUGCUCAGUGGCUUUAAGCAAAAUCUGUAUGUACACACUAUUCAUUCAGUAUGUGCCUAAUUUUAUAUUAAGUUUAUAUUUUGCAUAUUUGUGAUUACAUACCAUAAAGAUACUGUAAUAUCCAGAUCAAGUCUAAAGGGAACUUUAGUAAUACUAUUUUUGUGCAAAUGUGUAGAAAUGCAGAUUAUGCAUUCAAUGAUGUCAUUAAUCAUUUUAUUAAUAAAUUUAUUUGCUUCAAAAGCUGCGUGCGUGCGUGUGUGCGUGUGUGCGUGCGUGCGUGCGUGCGUGCGUGUGUGUGUGUGUGUGUUGGGCUGAUCAGAAGUCGUGUGUGUGGAGCUCCUGAGACCAGCCGGAGCCUCUAACGUGUGAUGCCGUCAUAUCUUGGUCGAGCUCAACGUUAAUCCACCCCCAGCUGUUUUCACCGGGUGACGUGGAGACGGCUGAAACCCCCGCAGUCAGCAUGACAACGCCUCUUCCUGCCGCCACUGUGUCAGCCAUCACCGGCUCCCUCAGCCGGGUUUAUAAUCCACUGGUUGAUGGAUGACUAUCUGCUGUGAAGAGUGGGACGACUCGUUUAUCCCCCACGGGGGGUGACGAAGACUGAAGACCUGCUGGUUA